CUCGCGCAUGCCCGGUGAGCGCACGCAGUGCCGGCAGCAGUCAUGGCGGCCCGGUGUGUGCGGCUGGCUCGGCGUAGCCUCCCGGCUUUCGCGUUGUCUCUCAGGUCUUCUCCGCGGCUGCUCUGCACAGCUGCAAAACAGAAGAACAACGGCCAGAACUUGGAAGAGGACGCGGGUCAGAAUGAACAGAAGACAGAUCUUCCCUCCAUGGAGAAGACGCUCAUGGAAGAGAAGGUCAAGCUGGAAGAGCAGCUGAAGGAGACCAUGGAAAAAUAUAAGCGAGCUCUAGCAGAUACUGAGAACUUGCGACAGAGGAGCCAAAAAUUGGUGGAGGAGGCCAAACUAUAUGGCAUCCAGGGCUUCUGCAAGGACUUGCUGGAGGUGGCAGACAUCUUGGAGAAGGCCACACAGUGUGUCCCGAAGGAAGAGAUUCGGGACGACAACCCGCACCUGAAGAACCUCUACGAGGGGCUCGUGAUGACCGAAGUCCAGAUCCAGAAGGUGUUCACGAAGCACGGCCUGCUCCGGCUGAACCCCCUGGGCGCCAAGUUCGACCCGUACGAGCACGAGGCGCUGUUCCACACGCCAGUCGAGGGGAAGGAGCCGGGCACGGUGGCUCUGGUUAACAAAGUGGGCUACAAGCUGCACGGGCGCACCCUGAGGCCCGCCCUGGUGGGGGUGGUGAAGGAGGCUUAGCAGCCCGUGGGUUGCAGCGGCCCGUGGGUUGCAGUGCUUUGUCGUAAUCACUCGCUGACUCUUCCAGGGCAGGUUCGUCUUUUCUCACCUAUGAAUACUCUUGACCUUUUCCUAAACCUUGCUGCAAGGCCCCUGCAGAAAAGCGAGCCAGUUGCACAGCUCCGUUAACAAACUGGAAUACAGGAGUCGGUCCCUUGAUUUCUAACACGUUCCACGUGCUUAUGGAACAGGCUGAUGGGACACUGCUGGACUCUGGGGUAUCACAAAAAACACUGUGUCUGCUCAGACUCUGGCGACGUCAGAGUGUUUGGAGUAAAUAAAAGGCCUUCAGGAACCCCGUCUGCUGGCUGGCCCUGCCGGCUGCUCUGCACCCCGUGCGUCUCACUGUAGCCUGCGAGCUCCUGGGAUGCUUGGCUCCCACUCAGGCAGUGGAGGGGAUUGCUGAGGAAGGUUUAUGACGCCCUUGGUGACAAACGUGAUUUGAGUUCCUUUAUAAUCAGUAACUACCUGCCUGCCCAGAACGAUCACACCUACUUUGCCCGUUACCAAAGGUGACGGAAUCAGUUGCUGUUUUCCUGUUUCGUUCACCUCUGGAAAUGUUGAAAUCUAUACCCAGCUAGUGACCAGUGACCUAAAGGUGUUUCCCCUAGUAAGAUGGACUUUCCUAGAGAAACCUGAGGAUGUGCUUGCUAUAUUUUAAAUGUUACAUUUUAUUUAAGAGGAUUAAAGCCCUGAUAUUAUUUUCCUACGUUCUGGUAGCUGUUCUGUGUGCUUUGAUGGCGGAGAUCCUCAUGUUAAGGACAGCAUGACGAAGGCUUCUGGGUCUCUGCUCAGACCCUGCAUCUGUGUGCCUGAUGCCCAGACGUGUUGGCUUGUGUCCCGGAAGGGCAAGAGGCUUCCUCCAGGGCUCCCCCUGGCUGGCGGCUGGCAACUGGUUCCGGGGGCAGGCCUGGGUCCACCCGCGACCGUGAGGGGACUGCGGACACUCAGGAGCAGCACCAGCAGAGACACGGGCCCGGCAGAUGCUGCCCCUGUGACUCCUUAGGACCCUCCUCUCCUCACGCUAAGGGAAAAGCAAUGAUGGAGCCAGAGAAAAAGUAACCUCCCACAGUCUUUGCUUCUGAGGGGUACUUCAGGGACUGAAGAUCAGUACAAUUACAUCUAUUUACUGCAUAAAAAUCAGGGGCACACAGUUUGAAAGGUAUAGGUAUUAACCCAUCAUUAAAAUUACAAAAAAA